CAAAAGUGUCUGUAAGUGUUCCUGAACAGGGCAUUACGUACACAUAUACACACACUUGCAUAUAUACACUCUGAGGGUUCAUCUGAAUCGAGAAAUUAUGUCGAGGGUUUUCGCGGUUUUCAUAGUUCUUGUGUGGGCUUUGGCACAAGGAGCGGUUUCAGCGAAAGAUCAGUACAAGAAGAAAUCGCCUCAUGACGCUGCUUCUACGCACUACACGGUGUUAUCUCCUCUGGCUUCGGGCCGGGAACGAGUUCUCUGCCAGGCGAGAGGAGCUUGCAACCAGAAGAUCCUCACUUGCCCGGCCGAGUGCCCGGAAAGGAAGCCUAAGAAGAACAGAAGACAGAAAGGUUGCUUCGCCGAUUGCAGCAGCAAAUGUGAAGUCACCUGCAAAUGGAGAAAAGCUAACUGUAAUGGGUACGGAUCUUUGUGUUACGACCCGAGAUUCGUCGGAGGUGAUGGAGUGAUGUUCUACUUCCAUGGAAAGAAAGACGGAAACUUUGCGAUUGUUUCAGACGACAACCUCCAGAUCAACGCUCAUUUCAUCGGGACAAGACCCGCUGGAAGAACCAGAGACUUCACAUGGGUUCAGGCCUUCAACGUCAUGUUCGACAACAACAGCCUCGUCAUCGCGGCCAAGAAGGUUCAAUACUGGGAAGAUUCCGUCGAUGCCCUCGUCGUGAGAUUUGACGGGAAAGAAGUUACAGUCCCUACAGACGGAGAAGCAGAAUGGAGGGUCGAUCUGGAAGAACGCGAGAUCGUGGUGGAGAGAACUGACGAGACAAACAACGUUAGAGUCACGGUUUCAGGGCUUGUUCAGAUGGAUGUCAAGGUAAGACCAAUCGGAAGCGAAGAAGACAGAGUUCACAACUACCAGCUGCCGGACAACGACGCUUUCGCCCAUCUCGAGACCCAGUUCAAGUUCUUCGAUCUGAGCGACAAAGUCGAGGGCGUUCUGGGAAAAACGUAUCGGCCGGGCUACGUCAGCCCUGUCAAGGUCGGCGUUCCAAUGCCGAUGAUGGGCGGCGAAGACAAGUAUGAAGCUCCUUCGCUGUUUUCGCCUGUCUGCAAUUUAUGCAGGUUCCGAGGAAAAACCACUCUGAGUAGCCUCAGUGAAGACGGAACGGCUCAGUACUGAUUAUAAAAAUCGCUGUUUUGUCGAUCCAUUAAGUUUAAUCAAUUGUCUAAAUCCGGUUUUUGUAUCGUUAACGAAAAUAUUUGUCGUUUGUUUCGCCUCGUCAAAAGUUUGUAUUGUAUUGUAUUGUAUUGUGGAUGAAAUACAUAAUA